UCGUCGUAGUAGUAACAACAUUACGCAUGUUGCGUAGUUGUCAAUUUAUUAGCAACAACAGUAGAGUGGUAGAAAGUUAUUGUUAUACCGAUUGCUGUGCCUGUUGCAGAAUUGUCCAGAAUUAAUAUGUUUACCAAAUCUCAUUAUUUACAUAUUCCAUUUCUGUUAUAAUUAUUACGUUGAUAAUUUGCGUCGUUUAGUGCAGUGCAGUGACUAACAAUUCUGUACAUUUUUAAACAUUUUUUAUUUUCAUUCAAAUUUUCCCUAUUAUAGCAAAAUGGAAUUUGUCACAGGUGAUGAACGUGUUAAUUCCGAUUUUCCUUCAUCUAGUACAGAAGAUUCCCAAGACGCAAUCAAAGGGAUGCAGUCUACUUUCAAUAUUCAAAAUGCUAGCACAACCAAUUCCCCAUCGAAAGAGAAUUUGAUUGUAAAAAUACCUGAUAGCAGAGUAUCAAUUGAUUCAGAAACAGAUUUCUUUAAUGAAGAUUUAAAUAUAAACAAUGUGCCAAAUGAAAAAAUUGUUGGGGAUGUUGAAGAUAUUGUACAGGAUUUGGAAAAUUUAUUAGGUGAAGCAGAUGAAUUUGAAUCAAAAAUUAGUACCUCAGAAAAUACAGAAAAAUUAAAUGAUGGUUCUGUCCCACUCCCUUCUAAAUUCAAACCUGCCAAUAAAAUAAAUUUAAUAAUUGAUCCAACUUGUAUGGAAAUGGAACAUAAAAAAGGGUCAUGUGGGAUUACUUUUGACAAAAAGACAAAAUCUUAUAGUGAAGAAAUAGCAAGUGAUUCUGUGUGUAUAAGUGAAAAUGCUGAAAUUAUCCAUUCCAGUGGUGAUGUGUCUUUAGCAGUUGAAAAUACAGAUAAAUUUAGUAUCUGUUUAAAUGCUGCGAAAGAAAAGGAUGAAAUUGAAAGAAAGGAAAAUAUUGCAGAGCUUAAAUCAAAAAUAAAGUUUCCAGAAUGUGCAAGUCAAAAUACUGAUGAAACAGGAAUUGAUACUAUCAAAAUGGAUGAAAAUAUUACAACAGACAAUGAUGAUAAACAGUUUUAUAAAGAAGCAAGGGAAGUGUAUUUCGAAGGUGAAAUUAGACAAGAAUCAGAAGUUGUACAAGAUAAAAACUUGGAUGACGAUAGUGUAAUUUUUACAUCUAAUAAUAAAAUUUUAUCUGUUGAUAACAAAGCAGUAGAAACUCCAGAAGUGACAAGUAAUGAAAAUAAUACUGGAGAUACAACAGACGAUAUAGCUGAUGAUAAUAUAAUAACUACUGAACAACGCCAGUCUUCCACUAAAUUGGAAACACAAACAGUUUCUUCAAAAAUUAAUGAAGAUGUGGGCUACAUUAGAAAUAGAAUUACUAAUGAAGGUAAUUCUCUUAAUGACAAUGAUUCAUACUUGUCAGUUAAAACUACUGCACCAGAUGAAACAAUUCAAAAAGACAGUAGGAAUACUAGAGAGUCUUUUAUCGUAAUCAACACUACUGAUCAACCGCCAAAAACUGAAAAUAUGGAUUGCUAUGUUACAACUGCAGUUAAUGAUAGCCAUACAGAUGAAGGUAUGAGUUCAGAAGCGAAACCAACUGUUCACAUAAAAGAAACCACCGAGAUGACAUUAAAUGAAAGUGAAAAUAGUGUUAACAUUAACGACAUGGAUGAUAUAAACCCUUGUAAAAUACAAGAAAACAACGUAAUGGAAGUGAUACCUAGAUCUUCAUCAUCGAACAAUUUAAAUGCAAUUGAAAUUCGUCAUUCUUCCUUAAGGAGUUGUACCGUAUUUGGCACGGAUAUAAUCGAGGCCGAUGAGCAAAAUCGCGAACAUAAGAACGAUGUGAACAUUCAGCGUCGGAGUGAAAAAGAAAUUAAUGAUAGAAAAACUGAUUUAGCAAUUGCCGAUAAAAAUUUGGAAAGCGAAAACGAAAUAAAGAGUGUUUGUUUCGAUAAUAUGAUUAAAGAUAUUAUUAUUGAUCCUCUAACUAGUAAUUCUUCACAAGAAAAUGCUUCCUGUAAAGUUGACGGCGUUUCGACUGUUAUUUCAGAGUUUAGAAAUGAAAGCUUAAAGUCGCAGUCGUCGCAAAUGUUAGCCAAUGAGCCGUAUCAAUGUGCUAGUACCGAUCAAAAUUGGAAUGGUGAGGAUAAAAAUGAAUCAUUAGAUGAAACUGAGAUUUUAGCAGAACAAAGUGAAGUUACACAACUACAACAAUUCAGCAGUAAGGUAAAUAGUGAAGAAAAAGUAGGAACCGAAGCACCACUUCAACCAAAAAACAAUGACUACUCUCAUAAAUAUGAGAAGGAUGAUUAUUCUCUCAUAAAUGAUGACGACGUUUUUCAGAAAACAACAGAAUCUCAACUAAAUGUGAAAUCAGCUCUAAGAGACGAUGAAAGAGAAAAGUUAGACCAGGAAGAUAAUACUGUUGAUAUAACAAAGAACAUUUUUAUCACAUCUGAUGUUGCUACUCAAGAGAAUAUUAAUGCAGUAGGACAAAGCCCAUUACAUUGUAUUGUGGAAACAUCUAGUUUUCCCUCUGUUUCAAAUAAGCCUAUCCUUAAUGAAUGUUCGGACAUAAGAGAUGAAAAAUUAAUCGCAAUUGAAAAAGAAAUUGAAUUGAAAAAUGUUUCUGUAUUAGAAACGCAGAACGAAUGCUUUCCUCCUCAGCUGGAAGAUGAUAUAGUUUCAAGUGAUUGUAAUGUAUCUAGAUCAGAAAUUUUUACUCCAAAACAGCUUAAUCACUCGGUUAACCAAAAAAACAAUGAUCCUGUUGACGUUUCAAAUAAUCAAGAUCACAGUGAAGUCUCCGCAAUACAAUUAGAACAAAACGAAAAUAGGUUACCAGAUGAAAAUGACGUUCAUCUUAACAAAACGGAAUUAAACUCUUCCGGAUUUGAGAAAACUGAUAUACAACCAAAUGAAGGUGAUUUGUUUACUGAACAUAAACUUGUAAUUGAUUUACCUUUAGACCAGACAAAAAUCAUAAAACCAGUAAUAAAUGAGGCUCAAAAGUCAGAAAGGAAAAGUAUCAGUUACUCAAAAGAAAUCAAAAAGAUAUUCGAAAGUGAGGAUGCUACUCAAUCGGCUGUGGCUUCAAUACUUUCUGAAACAGUUGCAAUAUCGGAUUCCAAUGAGAUACAGACGUCAAAUGCUAAUAUUUCUCAACUUUCAUCUGAUACUAACAACACUACUGAUAAGUCGACAAGUCCAGAAGUAAUAAUUACUGAAAAUAAUGAGACGAAUAUUAUCGAAACCGUACAAUUUUUCGCAUUUGAAGUUGAAAAACCUAUCGAAAUUGGAAUUAAAAAAGCCAAAGAAUUAAAUGAAGUAGUUUCAUCAUCCGAAAUUUUGGCAUUUUCCGACACACACAAUAAAGAAGGUUCCUAUUCUAAAUCAGUUCAGACGCUAUCCCACUCAGACGAAGUAUUAAAACAGCCUUUACAGGUUGAUAUAACAGAGCAUACAGAUUGCUCUGAAAAAAGUGAAGAGCAAAUAUCAACCAGUGUCGAUGGUGAGUGUGAGGCUAAAAACUCAUUGAAAAUUACUAUUACAAAAAAUAAAUUUGAUAACAUGCAUUCGAUACUUAAAAUUUAUGAUCCUAAAGAUGCGCACCUUACCCACGAGCAAAACAUUAAUGAGGAAGUAACAUUAAAACAAAAUGAAUAUGCUCGUGGAGAAAGUAUCGUUCCGAAAAUUACAAUUAAACCUAUUCCGUCGACUGAAGGCGAUUUUGGUCCAAAGUAUGAAAUAACUUCAAAAUCUGACACAGAUGAUUCCUCAAAUAAGCACUUUACCGUGGAAACUGUCGAAGGACAAAGUAGCCCUAAAUUACGAAUAAAGUCAGUAUACACCGACGUAACGACAAGUACUCUAGACGUUUGUAAAAAAAACAAAUUCAGCGAAAGAGAAAUACUCGUUCCAAGGAAAAUCACGCUGACAAUGAAAUCUAAAAUUGAAGACAUUGCAUUGAGCUCGAAAUUAACAAAAUACUCUAAAACUGGCGAAGAAGUGGCAGCUUCUCAUAGUCCAAAGAUAACCAUAAAACCCAUUAAAUUGCCGGAAGAAACUCGAGAAGAACUUUCAAGAAGUCAAAGUCCAAAAAUAAUAUUCAAAUCAUUGUCGAAAUUGCAAGAACAAAAUAGCAAAACCACUGAAACUCAUGGAAGGCAAAGCCCCAGAAUAACAAUUAAACCUGUAAUAAAACCUGACGAUUCGGAAUCAUCUAAAGAACUCAAAACAUGCCCCAAAAUCACUAUAAAACCGAUAUCAAAACCAGAAAAUGAAAUAAGCGAUGAGUUGCAAUCGCGUAAAUUAUCAUUGAAAAGUAGUCAGGAAAUGAACCGAUAUGAUGAACAGAUGUAUACAACUCCACGUAUUACAAUAAAACCUAUUAAAUGCGAUAAAGAUAUAGAGUGUCAUAAUGUUAUGAACAGUAACGUUCACACGCCCAGAAUUACUAUAAAACCUAUUGUCAAGCCAGAUCAUUCUGGGAAAGCUUUUAACAAAUACUCGGAAGAUGCAAAUAAAGAAGAAAGAAGACAUUCGCCACGUCUUGUUAACAAAUUAUUAACGAAAAAUGACGAAGAAUUCAAAUGUGAUUUUUUGUUACCAGCAGAAGAAAUUGAAGUAAAGAAAGGUCCUAAAUUAACUAUUAAACCCGUAGUUAAACCUCAAACUUUAUUGGAAAACGUAGACCAAAUUGGUGAUUCGUCUCGUCACAUUAAAUAUGUUGUUGAUUCUUUGGAAGAAUUUAAAGAAAAGAGAAAUACAUCUGAGUCUAGUAAUAUUCCUACGGUAACAAUUAAACCUAUAAAUAAACCUGACACUAAAGAGACUCAGUAUCACAGCGCAAGUUCAUCAAACCUUAUUGAAGAGAAUAUAGUUAUCCCAAAAAUUACAAUUAAACCAGUGGUUAAACAAGAGAGUCACAUUGAAGAAAAAAAUACACCCAAAAUAAUAAUCAAACCUUUAAUAAAGCCUUCAGAAAUUCAAUCUGUGACGUCCACCGCAAGCGGUGCUGCACAGUCAGAGAUAGUCUCUUUCGUAAAUAAAUCGAAUAUCGGAGAAGUAAUACCUGAUAUAAAGCGAAUUAAACUGGACUUGUCGUCUAGAGGGGAGUCCCACGAAUCACCUACCACCGAAUCGUCAAUAACGUCACAGCUGAAUUCUUCAAAAAUUACUGAGUCAAAAAAUUAUCGAAAAAACGUCGGAGAAGUUGAACUUAUAGAUUUUGAAGAUCAGAUUAAACAAGAGCGAAUUGUUUUAAAAAUUAAUAAGGGUACAAUCUCUUCUCCAUCAAGAAGUUCAUCUGAUAAAAUUGAAAAAUUAACUCGAUUAAAAACGAAACUUGCUAAAGAUAGCAUUAAAAGAGGUUAUUCAGAACAUAUAAAUUACGAAACUAAAAAACAAAAAAUUGAAAUGGGUGACGUUACAAUUAGCCUAAUCGACUCUGAAGAUUCUCAUGAUAGUUCAGAUAACGUUUCUAAAAUUGGAGCAAAACCAAACGAACUGGAUCGAGACUACAAAGAUUCCGUUGAAAUUAUACCGUUGGAUGCAAUAAAGAAGAAAAUAGAAAGAGUAGACGAUGUAGUGGUGGUGGUGGAUCCGUUAGAAGACAUCCCUGUUUUUGAAAUAACUCCCGAAACAGCGGCUGUCAUGAAACAAGCGACUCACCUUUUAAAACCAGGAAUAUCAGUUAGUAAUAUUUCCACUACCACAACUCCUUUGUCGCCUAUUCAGACGCAGACUCCAAGAAAAAGAGGGCGCCCCAGAAAAGUUCCUCUGGAAGUUCGGGAAGAAUUUAAAGAUCCUCCGAAAGAGGAGCAGGAAUCAGUUCAGAUAUUCGAACAAAAGACGUCCUCCAGACCGAAGAGGAGUUGCCGAGGACAAUCUGUACGAAAUACUUUAGGAAUCAAGCCAAGAAAACCGAGAGGUGGUGGUAAUAGAGGGAGAGGACGUGGACGGAGGGGUGGUAAACAAGGAAUCGUAAUGAAAUUGACUAUGGACGCCCUGAGUUUUGAGGAGAAGGAGGAGGAACCGCAAAUACCGCCAGAACAAAUAGAAGAGGCCAUAGUUUCAGAUGAUGUGAUUACAAACGAAAAUAAUGAGUGUAAAGUAUCAUCUGAAUGUGAGGUAUUUGCAUCAGCUAUACCAGCAUGUUCUACAAACGAAAUUUCUUCUUUGUCUGAAACAUUCCCUGCGUCACCAGUAAAUACUAUACAACCUGCACCCCCACCAUUGCUCGAACCGCCCAAAAGUGAACUGUACGAAGAGGAAACCCGUAUGAGUGCGGACAGUAGCAGAGCUCAUACACCAGCUAAACAGACAAUAUCGACGCCACUUGAAGCCGCAAUAGAAGAAUCUCAAAGUUCAAUACAGAGCACAGCUACAACAGAAAGCGAAAAAAAUCAAAAAUCUCGAAAAGUUCCAAAGCAAGAAGUGCAUUUAGAACCGGAAGGUGAAAUAAUUUCCGCCGACAAAUUGGCAGAAUAUUGCUGGGGGGGAGGUGGACCUUUUAUGUUACAAGAGCAAGUUGCCCAAUUUUUAGGAAUAAAAUCUUUCAAAAGAAAAUACCCAGGGAUUCAAAGACGCCCAGUAGACAUGCAGGAACGUGAUUUCAUUCGCGAGAGUGGUUUAGCGUCUGAAGCCAUGUGUGAUAUGGGUUUGACAGCAGUAAAAAGUGAAGACAUUUUAGACAUAAUGUAUGCAGAUUUUCAACCAAAAUAUGAAGAAUAUUGCAAACAUCAAAGAGAUCGUCAUGCCAAAGAUAUUUCGAAUAAACAAAAGGCUUUGAAUCUUGCAGCCAGUCAAGAAAAGAAUAAACUCGAUAUUGUCGAGCAAGCGAUUCAUUCGACAUCAACGUGGAAUGCUAACUUUAAUAAAUCUCGAAGAGAACAGAGAAAGGGUUGUAUGGAUUUACAAACAUUUACUAUACAUUUUCCUAAAGGAAAAUUUAAAGAAGUGCACAAACUACCAGUUGAACAUUAUCCGGUUGCCCUUGUUCCUGGACAGUUCUGCGAUUAUUAUAGAACGUAUUCACCUUCAGAAUUAAGUAAUUUACCACUAAAUACGUGCACUUACAAAACUUCCGAAGACUUCUUAAAUGAAACCGAAGAUAGUCAAUCGGAAGUAUCAGGAAGCGAUUCCGGAUCAAGCAGUUCCGAUUCUGAAAGUUCAGAUUCUUCGUCAGGAGUAGAGGACUGUAAAAUGUGUCGACGUACUUCGUCAUCGAGAAAACUUUUAACACAAUAGAUUUUUAUCUGUCAAGUAGAUAGGAAUAUGAUUUUCUUGCAAUCUCUAAUCUCAUUAAGGAUAAGUAGUAGCUUCUAGUUAUUAAACAUCAAAACCGUAGAGUAUAAAUAUUAAUUAACGGACCAUUUUAUUAUAUAAUAUUAAUAUAUAACGUACAUUCUUUUUCUUUCAAGGCACCUACAUUCAUGAAUUCAUGCGAACACCAGUAAAAUUUUGAGUAAUUUGUAACGAAGGCUAAACAGAUUUAGUUUCUUGCAGUUUUUCAUGAGCAAAAACUAAAUAGAGAUACCUACUCCAAAAUUUAUCAUUUACGCUAAGAAAAUGAAAAUAACGUUUUCUUUUGUCAUUAAAAAAUAUAGAAAAA